GUGCAGGGCUACUUGUUGUUGCCUGCCUGCAGGAGUGUGAGUUUAAACUUCGAGCCGGUCAGUCAGUCAGUCAAACUAUGGAAAGACAGGAGCGUAACAACAAGAUAUAAGAGACAACGAUAUAAGAAGAAGAGGAAAUACAGGGAGAAGAAGUGGGACGUGGACACACAGACAGAGUUGAGGAUGAUGGCAGAGGGGCGUUUUGCCAGUCUGCCCAGGUCUCUCCACGCACACCAUGUCCUGGGAGGAGGGAGCGCCCACCCUGGGGUGCCCAACGCCUCCCUCGGCUCCCCCAGCAGUGGCACCUGCUCCUCCAGGAGGCUCCAGGCCUCCCUCGCCUCCUCCAUGGAUCUCCUCAGCUCCAAACCCGGUUUUCCUCCUGGGCAGGGCGGCAGCCUAUCAGAGCUGCCCGCUGCGGCGUACCAGCCAAUCUCCAUUCACGGAACCCUGCCUCGGCGCAGGAGGGGAGGGGCGAGCGCUGACCCCGCCCACGGACACUACACCUGGGACCCCAGAGCCAAUCGCACGCAGCUGAUCACCCCCGGCCACGGCCACCAGCCCCUGUCCUCUCCUCUGGUCCAGAACAUCAUCGAUGACUACCGCGGUUACAGGGAGCCAGCCGCCAGCCUGGACGCCACCGUGGACUACGUCAAGUUCUCCAGAGAGCAGUUCAUCAUGGACUGUCCCUCCGAGAAACUUCGCCGAGAGCUGGAGGAAGAGCUGAAGAUGAACUGUGAGGAGCCGAGGAGCCAUGCAUGGUACCACGGAGCUAUACCCCGACAGGUUGCAGAGAACUUGGUGCAGCGGGACGGAGAUUUCCUGGUCCGUGAUUCGCUGUCCAGUCCAGGAAGUUAUGUCCUGACCUGCCAAUGGCGUAACGCUGCCCAGCACUUUAAAAUCAACAAGAAGGUGAUAACGCUGAACGAAGCCUACUCCAGAGUCGAGUAUCGGCUUGAGAGGGAGGGCUUCGACAGCGUCCCCGCCCUCGUCAGAUACUACGUCGGCAACAGGAAGUCCGUCUCCCAGGUGGUGGGAGCCAUUAUCUUCCAGCCAAUCAACAGAGGGCUGCCGCUGCGGUGCCUGGAGGAGAAGUACGGCCUGGCCAGUAACCACCGGGAGGCGGGGCUUACACUGCCUGAGAGGCGGAGCCAAAAACGCCUCAGCCUCAACAUCACCAACGGACACACACACGACAACACACAGGCGGCGCACGACAACACACACGCUCAGGACAAUGGCAUGGGCCGAGGGAGCCAGCUCAGGUUAAAGGACAGGUGCGGCAGCCAACCAGCGAGCCUCAACCAGGUGCAGGAGCGGCGACGCCCACUCAAAGCGCACCAAUCAGAAAGCUUCCUACCUCUUGGAUCCAGGCCUCAGCCCCAGCCUCCUGACCCCCUCCUCCCCAUCCCCAGUCCCAAGUCUCCAGUCUUUCGGACGGGCAGCGAGCCGGCACUGAGCCCCUCUGUCCCGCGGAGAUCCCUGGAGCCUCUGGCAGGUCAGGCUAUCCGGGGCUCUGACAGUCAGCUGUGCCAACCUCCACCCAAACCCAGCAAGGUGCCCUCGGUCCGGAUGCCUCGCUCCCCCUGCCUCCAGCCCCUGGCCCCCACCUCCUGCUCCUCCAGCGCUGCAGACUCCUCCUCCUCCACCCCCAGCUUCACUGCUCCUUCCCUGGACUCCUCAUGUACAGACACUUCAGGUCCGGUGUGGAGGAGUGGAGUGUCCAUGGCCCCCCCUGUCCCCCCGGUCAAACCCCUGAAGUUCCAGCAGCAGCUUCGCUCUCUGGACUCUCAAAGCCCGAGCGGCGGUGUGGUUUCUCCUGCUGAGGCGGCUCACUUACCUGAGACAGAGGCGAUAACACAAACUGACUGCCAGCCGCCCGGCCCCGCAGAGCUCAGGUCCCACAGCCGCGGAGUGGGAGGGGCCAAACACCUCUGACCACACCCACAUCCCCGUCACAGACCACACCCCCGAGCCCCUCCAACGCCUGGCAGCUACGUGGAGCGACUGAGGAGGGAGGGCGAAGGAGGGCGAGAGGAGGAGGAGGAGAAGGAGGCGGGAGGGAGGAGAGGGCUGGACAGGAGCUCCUACCAUCACGCCAUCGCAGCCUUGGAAAACACCAGCGAGGAGGAGGAGGAUGGAGGGAGGGAAGAGGAGGAGGACAAGGGGAGGGAGAAAGAGGGGAGCAGCUAUCAGCGGCCGACGGUGGAGACGGUGUCGGCGUUCCAGCCGGCCGAGUUCGGCUCACGCCUUCUGCCGUCGGAGAACAAGCCUCUGGAGAUGGUGGUGCUGAAGAGAGCUAAAGAGCUGCUGCUCAGCCACAACCACCACAGCAUAGCCAGACACCUGCUGAUGGCUGACUGCCAGGUUGCUAGGAUACUGGGUGUGUCCACAGAGCUGAAAGGUCAAAUGGGCGUGGCCUCAGGUUUGGAGCUGGUGACCUUGCCGCACGGUCAGCAGUUGAGGCUGGACCUGAUGGAGAGGCACCACACCAUGGCGAUUGGCGUUGCCGUGGAUAUUCUGGGAUGCACGGGCAGCGUGGAGGAGCGGGCGUCCACGUUGAACCGCAUCAUCCUCGUCGCGUUGGAGCUGAAGGACACCGUGGGCGACCUGUACGCUUUCACCGCCCUGAUGAAAGCUUUGGAUGUCGUGCAGAUCGGCCGCUUGGAGCAGACGUGGACGACCCUGAGGAGGAACUACACUCAGACCGCCAUCACCUACGAGAAGACCCUCAAACCCUUCUACAAGAAUCUCUACGAGGGCACAGCGACCCCCCUCCCCUCUUUGGUCUGCGUCCCGCUCCUCCUGCCCCUCCUCACCCUGAUGGAGCGGCCCGCCAAUAUGCCGGAGGGGGCGGAGCUCUGGGAAACCAGCGACCAGGGCUGUGACAUCAUGCUGCGCCACCUAGAGGCUGCCCGUGGCGUUGCACAGAACGCACACAGCUACACGGCUAAUGCACAGAAUGCAUGGCAAGGUGACGAGGACCUGUUGGAGGUGUGUAAGACGGACUUUCAGCUUCGGUUGCUGUGGGAAGUCGCGGAGCCUCGGUCAACCCAAUCAGAUCGCUACAACAAAUUCCACCUCAUCCUCACUGCGUUGUCACGGAAACUGGAGCCCCCUGCCCAAAACACACACCCUGAUCUGACGUCUCCAAGCAUUAAUACACACACACAUAAAGGGCACACUCACUUUUUUUUUUUUUCUUUUUUUUUACAAACGCAGACGUUUCGGGUGUGUUUGUGAAUCCAGCCUGAGAGUUUGAACCCACUGAAACAGAACAAAAAUAAUAUUAAGGGGAAUUACGAGCAGAUCAGAUGCCAGGUAUGACAAAGGGGAAGCUGAAAAAGUAACAAAUUACCGUUUGGACACACUUAAAAAACCGAAAAAAAACUCUCUCCCCAGUGUAUAACAGCGAACGCAGUGGCAAUUGUGGUCUGAGGAAAAACUUAUUUUCACUAUUUGUGUAAAGGAGCAGUUAUCAUUUCAAAACCAUAAUAAGCAUUCAAGCUCCUCCUGCUUCACUGUGUGGUAAACUAUGAAUAAACCAGCAGAAAUUCACACAGUGCUCCGAAUUUCUAGUUUAAAGGAACAUUUCACCCAAAAUACAAAAAUAUAAUAUAUGUAUAUGUAUUUUCCACUUAACUCUAUCUAUCCGUCUCCAGUUGCCACUCAUUGGAGAACGAUAGAUACAAUUUGUAGAAAAUAGUUCCCCAACAAAGCUUUUUCUGCUCCCAAUGGAUGAUACCAGCUGUCCAUGUUCAGUAUUUUUGGAAAAAAAAAAAAAAAACUGCUGCUGUUGAGUUUUUCACAUGUAGAGUUUGAUGGUUUGAAGCUGCACAAACAAAUAUUCAUUCAGCACAUUGUUUUUUGAAGAAGACAGCACCAGACUGGGGCACCUCGUUGAAUUUCACAACAGAAACAAGGGGUGGUUGGAAAAUAUGCGGUGAACUGCUCCUUUAAUAGCCCGGUUGGUCGCAGCAGGACAAACCAGCGGCAGGUGUUCUGAUGUCAUGAGCAGCUCCAGUUUGGUGCCACGGUUUGCUCUUUAUUUUCAGAUGAUUUUCCUUCACAUCAUCACAGCUGCUCUCUCCUGCUCCAGGGCUGCUGCUAAGCAUUUUGAAUUUAAUGUCAAAGCAUCUUGCUCUGUUAGAGAAGAUUUUGUAUUUUUGUGACCAACAUUUGUCAGCAGUCGGUGCCCAUCAGUACAGCCAACGUGUCUCUACGAACGUCACCAAACACAUAGAGACCCUUUUUUGUUGUGAACAUGCUGUAUGGUGUAUUUUUUCCUGCUGGAUCUCCACAUGUUGCUAGAAGAAAGUGUGAAGUCGCUCGGUGAAGGUCUCCAGGCUGGAAAGACCCAUGAGAGGGUUUUCCUGUGCUGUAACCAGGGCCGGUCCGCUGCCUAACAGCUUUGUCUGGCCGUCAUAAUAACAAUAAACGAGAAUAAUUCCUUUAUAUGUGAGUCCCCGAGGCUGCGGCUCUGCUUUAAUCCUCUGGGCCGGGACAGACAGAGAGAGAGACGGAGACCAGGAGAAGAAGAGCGGGGUACUGAGGGAGGUCGGAUCGAAGGAUGCUAAAUUUACCCCGAGACAAAAACAUCCUGAUUCUUAAGGGAUUAGGAGGGGGGUCACUGUGAGCAUUUCCUGAAACAAGGGCUGCAUUCUCACUGCACUUUGGAAAAUAAUAAAUAAAUAAAUAAAAAACUAAGAACAAAACUAUUUUCAUGCAACAGAUGAAGAGGAAUUGGCUCUUAAAGGGUCAGCACGCUCAAACUGCUGAUGUUACUUCAGCGAUGAAAUAUGUUUUUUCACAUCCCAAAAUAAAUGAUGCAACAGUUUCAGAGAUGACAGUGAAAAAGCAGCUUGACUUCCAUGAUACUAACAGUGGAGACGGUUUGAGCAGGGAACACAGGAGAGAGACUUUAAGGGAUACCUUGAAAUUUUGAAUUAGUCUGUUAUUAUUUCCCUGUAAGAGGCACUUUUUUUUUUUUUUUUUUUUACAUUGUUGUUACUCUGACAUUUGAGUUUGAUUGAAAAAUGCUCCACUCAAAUUGUUCGCAUUCCUCUUUAAAACAAAAACUAACAAGUUGUGAUGUGGGAGAACAAAUGCAGAAACUUCUUUUGCUUGAAGGAAUACUCCAAAACAUUGAAGUACUCCUUUAAUUUGAGAAGUACACAAUGAACCAGCCAAUAAAAUGUCAGGGUAUCCCUUUAAAAGACUUGAACAGGUCCUGAGCCCUGGUUAAAUCAGGCUUGGCGACAGGAUAGAGUGAAUAGUACAGAAUAGUAAAAAGAGGACGGAGAGGAAAUCCUCCUACAGAGCCAGUGCUAGUGUAAAUUGUCUAAAAGUAGAAAUAAUAGCUCCGUAUUUAACAAGAUGUAUGAUGGUGAUGUAUGAUUCAGUGUUCUUGUCUUCCUGUGUGCGGCAGCCUGCGUGUUUCCUCGGGGCUGCUCAGCUGAAUUUACCACAGGAACAAAAAAUGUGGUUGAACCCUUCGUGACCGGAUAUGAUUUUUUUUUUUUUAAAUUAAACAAGGAGAAGAUACUUGAUCGAUUAAUAUUAUUAACAAGGGAAAAAAAAACCUCACCAGGGUCAAGUAGCUUAAAAUAACGUAACGUGGCUUGGGAAGGUCAGUCAUGUAAAAGCCUUACGUCGACGACUCUGCAGUGAGAUCUGUUUUGUCCCAUUCUAAAUCAACGGACAAAGACGAUUGUAAAUCUUAGGCUGAAUUCAUGCAGGAAAUACUUGCAAAAUUUUCAGCAAAUUUGAUCCGAUUAUCGCCAACCACAAACACGAAAACCCGCAUCUCUAGGAAGUCAUGGAAGAUCAGCUGUAUGAUCUGAUUUUUUUUUUUUUUGUACCUGUGUUAAUGUAGCAAAACUUAUUUCAGCACUAACUUUUUUUUUUUUUGGUGGGGCAAGGAAGUGAUUUUAACCCUCUGAUUUCCCUGGCAGAGGCAUUAAAAUCAGCUUUAUGUUGCUGUGUAAACGCAGCCCAGAUGACUUGGAUGGAAAAUGAGGCGGCUUACGUCUGUUCAUGUGUGAGAAACUAAAGGGUGUACAUAGUUCAAGCAGGUAGCAUUUUCAUACCUAGACUGUAAUAUAUUUUCUUUUUGGAGACUAUUGACUGUAAAGAGACACUGAUGAAUUUUAAUAUGUUUAUAUAUUAUGAACUCCUGUGGUAUGAUUUAAUAAUACAGUGUAUAGUCUGUGGAGACCAAGUGUUUGUGUGUUAAUAUUGGAGAAGAAAUAAAGGCUUGUGUAGCAGACUUGGAAAAA